CAGGCACGCAUAACACAGGAAGGAGCCAGAUGUGUGAUCAUUUGAGGGAAGAGUGGUCCAAGCAGAGAGAUUACAACGGGGCCCAGAGAGUGGGCAAGAGCGUGUGGGACCCAAGAAUUUGCUGCGUGGUUGGGACUUCCGGAGGUUGGACAGGAGAGAGAGGUCUGCAGGACAGGAUCAUGUCAUGCCUGGAGGACAAGGUAAGCUCCCCAGCCCUCUAGCUGACCAGGUGGUGAGUUCAAGGUCCUAAUCCAACAGCACAAGGGAAUUCACACCAGCCCUGAGCCUCGAAGAUGGUGUCACAGUCUGCAGGCCGGCAGGACUCUCCUGUGGACCCCUGGGAAGGAAUCAGCAAUGACCCUGGCGACAUUGAUGGUUCGCCCAGCCUCCUGGACACGGACCACCCCUCUUGCGCAUCAGACAUCAGGUUUACGAGGCACAGAGCUGCCUGGAUUAACCCCCAGUGUGUGCAGCAACAGGUGCAGGACUCGCCCCCCCAGGUGCCAGCAGUGGGGAACAGAGAGAGCCGUGCUGCCCGGGACGCUGCCUCUCCCUUGGGCCCUUCACCGUUACCUCUUGGGGACUCCGUGGCGGAGACAUCAUUGUCGAAGGGCACUGUGGACUCCAUGGGCAGCUCCUCUGCCCGGGGCUCAGCUGAAAAAGGCAGUGACUCCUCUCUUACCUCAAAGGAAGAACGGGCAGUGCUCCCAGGACGCUGUCCUUGGACGCCUCUGUUCACAAGCUCCAAGACUGAUUUGGCUGCUCGCCCGUGUCGUGAGGCUGACAAUGCUUUUUUCAAGCCUUCCCAGCUGACAGCUUCCACUGAUGCAGGUGCUAUUCAAGUCGGCGGAAGAACCAUUUCUUCAAAUUCCUUCUCACCAGAGGCAUUUGUGCUCCCUGUGGAUGUAGAAAAGGAAAAUGCUCACUUUUACAUUGCAGAUAUGAUUAUAUCAGUCAUGGAGAAUAUGAAGUGUAGUAUUCUGAGUCAACAGCACACAGAGACCUGGAAUACAGGAGAGGCCAGCGGGUCGCUUGGGAACGAGCAGGCAGACUCGGAAGUGACGUUUUAUAGCCACAUAAAGCAGGAAUCUGGCUCUUCCACUUCGUCCGACAGUGGCUCUGAAGGUUGUGCUGUGUUACAGGUCAGCCCAGUGGUGGAAACACCUACUUACUGUGAUGUGAUGAAAGAGGACUGCAAAUGUGACUUGGAUGAAUUCGUUGUCAUAGAACUUGGAGAUUUCAGCAAUGCCACAGAGACCUGUGGAUGUUCCUGCAGCUCCUCUAAGAGUGUCAUUUAUGAGCCAAACUUCAAUUCGGCUGAGCUAAUAGCCAAAGAGUUAUACCACCUAUUCAAGAAGUGCUGGAUGUCAGAAGUUAAUUAUCAGCUGGCAGGCUCCCUGAAUGCAGCUGGCUCCAUAGUUGUAAAUGAAGAAUGUGUCCAGAAAGACUUUGAAUCCAGCACGGAUGUAGUACAGGAAAUUAAAUUGAAGUCGAGGAUCAGAGAGACUGGAGACUGGGCGCCCCCUAGGUUUCAAAUCAUAUUUAAUGUUCAUCCACCACUCAAGAGGGAUCUCAUGGUAGCAGCCCAAAAUUUUUUCUGUGCUGGCUGUGGAACUCCAAUAGAACUUAAGUUUGUGAAGCGGCUCCGGUACUGCGAAUACCUGGGCAAGUAUUUCUGUGACUGCUGCCACUCGUAUGCGGAGUCGUGCAUCCCUGCCCGGAUCCUCAGGAUGUGGGACUUCAGGAGGUACUAUGUCAGCAAUUUCUCCAAAUGGCUGCUGGACAGCAUAUGGCACCAGCCCAUCUUCAAUUUGCUGCACAUUGGCCACGGCCUGUAUACGAAGGCCAAGCAGCUGGACAGAGUGAGGGAAAUCCAGGAGCAGCUAUUUCAUAUCGGGAAGCUGUUGAAGACCUGCAGGUUUGCUGAAAGCACAUUAAAGGAGUUUGAACAGGUGCCAGGACACUUGACUGAUGAGCUUCACCUGUUCUCCCUGGAGGACCUGGUCCGGGUCAAGAAAGGGCUGCUGGCGCCCUUGCUCAAGGACAUUCUGAAAGUUUCCCUCGCGCACGUGGCCAGCUGUGAGCUGUGUCAGGGAAAGGGCUUCAUUUGUGAAUUUUGCCGGAGUACAGCUGUCAUCUUCCCAUUUCAGACCGCAACGUGUAGAAGAUGUUCAGCAUGCAGGGCUUGCUUUCACAAGCAGUGCUUCCGGCCCUCCGAGUGCCCCCGGUGUGCGAGGAUCACAGCAAGGAGAAGACUUUUGGAAAGUUUGCCCUCUGUGGCGACGUCAUGCCCUUGACUAUCGUGAGAAAGACUGUGAAACACUUAUGAUCACGUCUCCUAUUGAUAAGA